AUGAACAAACAAACAUCCUCCAAAAUAUAUUGGACAUGUAAAACUAAAAGCUGUAAAGCACAUGUACAUACUGAUCUUAAUAACAAUUUCUUGGUUUCAAGUGGUGAACAUAAUCAUUUAUUAGAACCAGAAGAACUUGAAAUCAAACAAUUUCGACAAAAUCUUAAGGAACGUGUUAUCAACGAAACAUCACCAAUAUCAAAAAUAUAUGAUGAACAGAUCAGUAAAUCUCAUUUAUCACCAGAUGUUCUUGCAAAUCUUCCACUUGCUCAUGAAAUACGUAAGUCUAUAUUUUUACAAGCUUACCACAUCUCUUAA